UUCCCAGAAUGAGUCAAUCAAUUUGAAAUUGUCUCACAAAACCUCAAAUUUAUGUCCCCUACGAAGCGUGCCUCUAUAAAUCUUUAGGCAAACAAUAGGCCUCCAAAUUGAGGAAACUCAUGAUUCGAAGUUAUGGUGUGUCCGCAGAACAAUGUUGAGAUAUUUCCGUUGGCUAUUUUCCCAGUCAGAGCAUCAAAGAAUGCGAAUAACUCAAUGAGCGAUAAAGAUUACCUUAUCGAAGCAUUUUUUGAUAUGAUACAAUAUCGUUCUAUAAAGUCUCUUGCAAAUAACUCACAUCAGUCUGUUCUUCACGAAUUCUCGACAUGUGGUCACUACUUUUGGGCUCUCUGUUUUUGAUUGCGAGUGUUUCGGCUCUGCCAUGGUGGAGGAGUUUGAGGGCUCCUUAUGAGAUUCCCGAGUGGCAGGAGAAGCAUCCUGCACUGAUGGAGUUAGUUAAACGGACGAACGUUGAUUUUGGAUCGCGUAUUGUGAACGGGAAUGAAGCAUUUCCGCAUCAGUUUCCGUAUCAGACGGCCCUUGUGGUGCGUCUCGAGAAUGAGAGUACUAUCUGUGGGGGAUCGUUGAUCAGUGCGAGUUAUGUGCUAACAGCUGCCCAUUGCACGGACCUCAGUGUUUUUGUUACGGUCUACUUGGGGGUUCACAAUUUGUCUGAUUAUACGGAAGGGACUCGGGUUGUACAAACCGUCUUCCGUAGCGACAUUGUUGUACAUGAAUUGUACAAUACAUCUGGCUACCAGAAUGAUAUCUCUGUGAUUAAGAUGCCAAUGCCAGUCACAUUUAAUGACGCAAUCAGACCAGUUCGUCUGCCUAGUUAUCAGCACAUCGAUGAAACAUUCCAGAAUGAGGAAACAAUAGCAUCAGGAUGGGGGAGAACAACUGAUGCUUCCUGGGAUGGAACGGAUGUACUGCACUACGUAAAGUUAUCUGUGAUUUCUAAUACGGCAUGUAGGGCUCUAUACCCUACACUUCAGGAAAGCAACAUUUGUACACGUGGGGAAAAUCGGUCAGGAACGUGUCAAGGUGACUCUGGAGGACCUUUGGUAAUCAUGGAAGACGAUGGGAUCUAUACUCAAAUCGGCAUCGUAUCUUUCGGAAGUGGCAUCGGAUGCUCGUUCAACUGGCCAAAUGUCUUCGUGCGCUUGACUUCUUUCCUCUGCUGGCUCGGUUGUCAUACCGAUCUUCCAGUUCGUUUGUAGCAAGUCGUGGGAAAUCCAACGGACAAAGGAAAGCCUUAUAAUCUACAUUGGCAAUAAAACGGAGUUCAUUCGCAAUUUGAGCUGUUAUUGAUAAUGUAAUACCAUAUCUUAUCGUCAUGCCUUUUCGCUAUGAUGAAUUGGGAAAGAAUAUGUGGAAUCUCAUCGAGUCUACAGCAGGAAACAUUCAGUGAUUUUGCAGUAUGACUUGAAAGUUUAACUGCGGAAGUUGUGUAUUGUUGAAAAGGAGGGCAUAUCUUAAAUACUACAAUACUGCCUUAUUGGGAAAUAAAGUUAUAUGGUGGUUGUAAAUUGAUAAAUAGAUGAUUGUAAAGCAAUUUCAACUGAUAAAGUCUAUUAAUGGAAGACUCAAUCGUAUUAGACAUUAUAAACGCACUUAAUAUCGAUUUAUGAAAACAACCUAGAAUAAAUUGUUGACCUGAGUUUAAGUUCAAAAUGUAUUAAAGUUAAUAUAUUGUCAAAUGAACCUGCAAGAUUAUAUAAUAUAUAUUUAAAAAUGAGUUUUGUAUUAAAUUAUUAGAAAUAAGAUAUAAUUUUUUGUAUUAGAAGAAAAGCAGGAUUAUAGUAAAAUUUAUCUAAAAUCAGAGAACACUAAUAUUUUUUGCACGGUCAAAAGGAGCCGGUAAUAUGUUCAAAAAAUUGUCUUGAAUGAACUUUACUGAGUAUAGAAAGAAUGAUGAUAACUUCAAAAUUAAGAAAUUUGUUGCAAGCAGUGUUGUGCCUUUACAUACUAAAAAAUAUUUUUUUUACAUUUUACAUGUAAAAAUGUUAAAAAUAUGUAAAAAUGUAAAAAAUAUGCAAAAUGUAAAAAGGAAAAUUAGGCAUUUUUGAAUCUUUUAAACAUUUCCUGUAAGCUAUAUAAAUAUUGAUAUUGAUUACGAGGAAUAUCAAGAAAACAUUAUCACCAGAAUCAUCAGAAGAAACAACAUCAAGAAAACAAACGGAUUACGCCGAUCCGGAUUAAAGAGCGGCCAGUGUAUGUUCAAAUCCCUCACAACUUAAGCUUAAAAUGAUUUCACUUGUAUGUGAUACACUCAUAGCUUCAACACGAAAAGGUUAAAAUUGCAAAUAAAGAGCGCACAGUUGCAGCAGAAAA